ACACACACUCACACACACAGUCUUCGUCACAGCACUGCACUGCACUCUCGUCACUGCACUGCACCGAGAGAACUUCCCGAGAGCCAAUACAUAUAUCGACACCACGCUCCGCUUGCUAGAGAGAGAGGGAGAGAGAGAGAAGUGAGGAGAGAGAGAGAGAAAUAGGAGAGGGAGUUGUUCGCUUUCUUUGUUGGUUCGUUUGUGUUCUGUCAUCGUUUACGUGCUGGUCUGGUUCCGGGGGGGGGGCCGAUUCUUUUGAGGCUUUGUUGUGUGUUGGAUUUGGGUUGUGCUUCUGUUCGGUUGGGCAUCCUUCUUCGCCGAGAGGGACGAGACGUGAGGUGAAGAGCCGAGAAGAGACGUGGAGAAGGGGGUGUGGUGAAGGUGUUCUUUGGGAGGAUUCCGGAGCUGAUUUGGGGUGUGUGUUUGUUUGAUAGGAUAUAUGAAACCUGGUUUAUGGCUGCGUGUAGAUGGUCUCUCCAAUUUUGCGGCCAUGUCGGGUGUAGUAGUUCGUAGCAGUAGAGAUCGUGGAGGGUGACAGUGGGAUUAAGGGGGGGAGGAGGAGGAGGUGGAGGAGGAGGAGGGUUGGGCAAGGACAGGAUCGGAAAUCACACCGAGUUCGAACGGACGAACAUCUCGAGCGGCAGAAGAAGAAUGGCAGUGUCGCCAUCGACGUCUUUGGAUUUUAGAUGCAGGACUCAAGACAAUGAGCGCAUCAAAGGGCCCUGGAGCCCUGAGGAAGAUGCUGCUCUUCAGAGGUUGGUCGACAAGUAUGGCGCUCGCAACUGGUCGCUUAUCAGCAAGGGUAUCCCCGGACGCUCUGGCAAAUCGUGUCGAUUGCGUUGGUGUAAUCAAUUGAGCCCGCAAGUGCAGCAUCGCCCCUUCACGGCCGCCGAGGACGCAGCCAUCAUCCAAGCGCAUGCGCACCAUGGCAACAAGUGGGCCACUAUUGCCCGCCUGCUGCCUGGCCGCACAGACAACGCGAUAAAAAACCAUUGGAAUUCUACCCUUCGUCGCCGAUACCUCGCCGAGAGGUCCAGGGCAGACGAAGAAGGAAGCUACGUGUGUAGAAUUCGUGACGAGGACGAUCUCACUAGUACGUUAGAAGCCAGGAAGCAGCGAUGUAGUAUCGACUUGGAGAGCUCAGGAAUGGCCCAGCAGCUCUCCAACGAGGGCAGCUCCUUCCUGGAUUCGAGCUCCAUGUGCGGCAGUCCUCUCAACACUUCGCAGUGCGCCCAACAAGUAAAGAAGCUCAAUUUUGCUCCCAGCUCUCCCUCCUGCUCCGAGCACAGCGAUCCCACCACCGUGCUGGCUCCCCAAGUUUUUAGGCCCGUCCCUCGUCCUUCGGCCUUUACAUGCUUCAGUCCUUCUAGCACCACGUCAGGCGGCUUGACCAAGCAGAUGCAGCAAUCGCCUCAAGAGGCGUCCAGCUCCAGCACGGAUCCCCCGACUUCUCUCAGUCUUUCCUUGCCAGGAACCUGCGCGAACAGGAUCGAACGCGAGGUCUCGCCCCGCUGUUCUCCUACCACGCGGCCGACUCUGCCGCCGCCUCAGCCCAUCGCGCAGGCGCAGCACUCCCCCCGCUCCGAGAACCACCAUCAUCUGCGCCCGCACGAGCAAUUGAAAGAAUCGCCCCCUCACAUCAGCGCCAUUGCCUGGCGGCAGCCGGCGCCGCCCGCAGAGCAUCUGCACGAGCAGAGCGGGUUCGGAAUUGUGAAUAAUGGAGGGGCAAUGCUAGUCGGCCAGGCCGCCGUGCCCACGGACAUGAUGUCGGCCGCGGUGCGCGCAGCCGUGGCGCAGGCCCUGCAGGCGCCGGCUGCGGCAGCGCCACCCGCGAGGGCUGCGCCGAUGAUGGGCAUGGGGUUCGGGCUCGACGCGGCGGUGAACGCAGGGCUGCUGGCGAUGAUGCGCGACAUGGUGGCCAAGGAAGUGCAAAAGUACAUGGCGGCAGUGCAGGCGCCAACAUGCCUGCCUCCUUUUAGUGUUAUGGGUCCGGACUACGCAUCUCUGACCUCUCACCCCGAAUUCCUGGGCACCAUGACCCCGUCGGUCCCUCGCAAGGCGGGGUGAGCGCUCAGAGAUGGCGUUCGCCGCCGAAUCGUUCUUCGUUUUUUUUCUGAUCCGUGAUGAUCGCAUGAAACUUCUCCGCCGGGUGAUCUUUUUGGGGUGUACAAGCUCUAUGCUCGCUCUUGAAUUCCAACUGCAGUCUGUAGUAUUAGGCCUCUCCAGGGAUGAGCUAGGUUUGAGUAGGAAACAGUGUUGUGCUCGCGAUUCCGUAGCAGUAGAUCAGAUUGGAGUGUUUUUCUUUAGGAUUCUAGGUAGGGGAUUUGUAUCUCUGUGCAUAGUAGUAGUUUCUUGCGCACUUUCGAUGCUUCGUAUUGUUCCUAUUAAUUUAUCCCCUCGGUAAAACAGGAUAGUCAGCUGGGACAUAGAAUAGCACUGCACGAUUGACACGUGCAAUUCAAUAAGAUCACGGAGAAAAAAACUUGUUAGUGGGCGUAGUGGCGACACUUCCACACCACCUUGUAAAUUGACAGUCUUUCCAUUCUUUCAUAGUGUACAAAUGUGUAAAUCCUAUUCGGAGUUGAGUGCAUCUCGAAUGACGACGAACAAGAGACUGUUUUCUUUC